UACUAAUCGAUAUUCGCAGCCAUCCCUAGUUGUUGAUUUUUAAUGCGAAAAAAUUGAAGCUUGUGUUGAAUAAAUGUGGCACAGCAUUGUAUAAACGCGCUUAGGUAAUGCAGUGGACUAAUAAGUGACUUCUGCUUCGAUACAACUCCAAAACCGAGCCCUGGCGUUCGCAUGGACUACGAAAAUUUGGCCCUGAAUCUUGGUGGAGGGAGCGCUGCGGCCGGCGCAGCAGUAAAUGCGAACGUGAUUGCGAGCACAAAUACGAAGGCAGACGCCGAGCCAGAGGGCAAUAUGUGCGGCAGCCAGGAGCUGUUGGAGGUGAAGUCCAAGGAGAAGGCGCGCCGCUAUUGGACACCCAGCGAGGAGGAGCGCCUCUAUGAGAUUUGGGGGCGGGAAAAUUGGCGUCUCACACGCAACGGCAAGAACACCGUUUACUUUGGCCAAUGGUCGGAGGAGCUGCGCGAACGCUUCUCGGUGGAUGUGAAGCCCGAGGAAAUACAAAUGAAGGUCAAUCAGACAAGGGCCAAGUUUCGACAAGUUAAGAAACAGCUGCAAAGUGAUCCAACCAGCUAUCCCUUGCGCUGGAAAAAAUAUGACCUAAUCAAUCGCAUACUGAAGAACAUACACAGGCCCAAAAAUGCGGACCCGCUGCCGCCAGAGGUUCUGCUUAACAACCGCGAUGUGUCGCCGCCACGCGAAGAGGAGCAGCAGCAGCAGCAACAACAGCCGCCGGCGCAGCCACAUCCGCCGCAGCCGCAGCAACAGUCGGUGCUUAAUUUGACUGCCGAGGCAGCGGGCAAUAAUUAUUAUAGCAACAAUAGCAGCAACAGCAACAAUAGCAGCAGCCAUGCCCAGGGCAACACCAACACCAACAAUAAUAACAGCAACAACAAUAACAACAGCAGCACAAUGAGCUUCAAUACGGAACUGUUUACCGAUCAGUACGAUGAUAUCAAGCAGGAGUACGACGAUGAGGACUAUCGCUCGAUGCCAUUUCAAGAGCAGAUGCAACAGUAUUCACCAGCGGAGCCCGCACAGCUGCUGGAGCUGCAAACACCACAGCAGUUGCAGCAACAACAACAACAACAGCAGCAGCAACAACAUCAACAGCAGCAGCAGCAGCAACAACAAUUUCAGUCUGGCUAUGAGCAGAGCGUGGUCAGCUAUGCUGGCAGCAAUCCGGCACACUACAACAACAGCGGCGGCAGCGGCAGCAGCAACUGCAACAAUGUGGCCUCAACGUCAGCCGUUAAUCAUCAGGCCAUCACGGCGGUGGCCUACAUAAAUAGCACCAACAACACGAUCAGCGUGGCCACCAACAGCAGCAAUGGCGGGCCGAUGCAGCCGCCGGCAAUUGCAGCCGCCGGCAGCAGUAGCAGCUGCAGCAACAGCAACGCGAUUGCGACACCGAUACCGACGCCCAGAAAGCGGGGGCGGCCCUUUGGGUCGAGCAAUCCGCCGCCGGCCGAUUCGUUGGAAUCAAUGUAUAUGGAGGAAGUGCGUCGCAAGAACCAGCUGUUGGCGGAGCAAACGAAAAUCUCACGACAGCGCCUGGAACUGGAGGAGCGCAAGCUCGAGCUGCUGCAAACGUUCUUCCCCAAAUGCCUGGAGCAGCAAGCGCACAUCCUAGCGCGUGUCAUGCAAUUGCCACACCUGCAGCAGCAGCAGCAGCAGCAGCCGCCGCCGCCACAGUAAAAACAUUUUAAAUUAAAUAUAACCCGAGCCCCGGUAGCGUUCUAUGUUUACCACUUAAAUUAGUUGUCUAAGUUAAAAACAAAACAGAAAAACAAAACCAACAAAUAUAUUAACAAAAUUAAGAAAAAUAUUGAAAUUUCUAAACGUAAGCAACAAUCGACAAAAUGAUCAAAGGAUCAUGAAUUGAUGAUGUCUGAGGUUGCACAUUGCUUAAAUGUCCGUAAAAUAUAUGUGUUUAUCUACUAUCGUGAAACAAACUCUGUUUAUACCACUAAGCAUAACUCUAAAUAAAGAUUGUAAAGAAACAAA